AAAUAGAGAAAGUUUUGCAAGCAGCGAUCCUGCGAAAGAAGACGUGAGGAAUUUUUUUAUAAACUGUCUGCUUUAAACUCUAUUUCUCUAGCGACAUGGACAGCAUCAGGACAACGGUGUACCUCGGCGUGUGUGUGUUAUUGCUCAGCACUGUGUGUCACGCGCACACCUCUCUGGACCACCGACUGUCCGAGGAGCAGCUCGUCACCAGAGACAUGGCUGAAGCACUGGAAAACCUUCUGGAAGGAGACGGAGACAAUCAGAUAGGACUGGAUAAAAGAGCCAGCAUCAUUCCAAGGUGUGAUGUAGGAGAGCGGUGUGCCCUGAAGCACGGACCACGCAUCGGCCGCCUGUGUGACUGCAUGAGAGGGAGCGCAUGCAACACCUUCUUUUUGCGCUGCUACUGACCGAGCCUGCAGAACUGCACCGUUCAUCAGACAUAGUGCCGGCUAGCUCUGAUGGGAUCUUGCGUCGCUGAUGUCUUAAAACUGUUGUUUAGUUCAUCAAUUUUUUGUGUAUGUUUGAUAAAAUCACAUGUAAGGUUGAAUUUAUUUAUUUUUGUUUAAUAAAAUGUCUUUAAGACUCAUUGAGUGUAUAAUUCAUAUUCAAUUCUGUAUAAUUAAUAUUCAACUUAUUGUGAUAUGCAUUUCUAUAAUAUCAUAUAUUAUAAAGGUAUAUAUAGAUAUAUAGAUAUAUAGAUAUAUAUAUAUGUAUGUAUGUAUGUAUGUAUGUAUGUUAACACAAUCUAAGGUUUUAAAGAGCACAUUUCCAUUAAGGGAGGCAAAUUGCCUGUGACAAAGCUGAAAUGAUAUAUUGUAUUAUGUAAAAUGUGACCACAUAUCCUGCAUGCAUUAUUGAAAGAUUAUUAACAAGUCAUAUAAUUAAAAGACCAAGAUUAAAGGGCACAAAGGUGAGAGUUUUUUAUUUAACAACACAAAUGCAUCAGACCCCUUAAUUAUGGGCCUGCAGCUAAAUCCAGCUGUACUGCCCAAUUGGUUUUUAUCUGAUUGCAGUAAUAGGUUUUUGGCAUCUGAUGUGCUCAUCAAAGGUUUUUGACUCAUUGCUGAACUUUACAGCACACUAAUCGGCCGUCUCUGAAUACAUUUCCUAAAGCACAGCGCACUGAGAAUUAAUGACAUUGUGCCCUUUCCUGUGUCAGAGAAGACCUUUUACUGGUAGCCAAACAAGAUAAAACACACAGCGGUCACAUUAGUGAAGUUUGUCAGCUCAAUAGUGAUGUGACAUUUAUCUGAAUAAGGCACCAAAUGAACCAACUGAAAUAGAAUAAAUAAUUUUCCUGAACCUGA